GGUUAUUUAAAAAGACAAGCUAUAUAUACAUGCAAAACUUGUUUGGAUGUGUCUAAAACACCAGUCGGUAUAUGCUAUCAAUGUGCUAUGAAUUGCCACGGGAGCCAUGAUAUCUUAGAACUUUACACUAAACGUAAUUUCUGUUGUGACUGCGGGAACACAAAGUUUGAAAGUGGCUUCAAAUGCUUAUUAUUAGAGGAAAAAGAUGCACUUAAUUUAAAAAACGUAUACGGCCAAAACUUUUCUGGCCUUUACUGUACUUGUCACAAACCGUAUCCAGACGAGGAAGACGAGAGCCCUGAGGAGAUGAUCCAAUGUGGACUGUGCGAAGAUUGGUUUCACGACAAGCAUCUUAACAUGCCGUCAGGUGCAAGUAUUCCGUCUGAUUACGAGGAGCUUACGUGUCCUUCGUGCUGCAAAGCCCAUCCAUUCUUAUCAAUUUAUCAUAGUUUUUUUACAUCUAACACUGAAAGCAGUAAAAAUGGAUUUUGCCAAGAGCCAAAUAAUGAACCAUCUGCAAAGAAAGGCAAACUGGAAAAUAUUUGCUCUGGUUCUAAUAUAUCCUGCAGAUUAAAAGCAAAAGCUGAAUCCGUAGGAAUCGAAUUAACUAAUUCAGGAGAGCCAAAAAUUUGCAUAGAUGAUUUAUGCCAAGCCUUAUUUUGGCCUUCUGGGUGGCGCUCUUCUCUUUGUGCUUGUGCUUCCUGUAAGAAAAUGUAUUCUACACACCACCUUGAUUUUAUACUGGAUCCUGAGGAUACAAUUGCCUACUAUCUUGAAGUUGGAAAAGCGAAAUCCAAAGAAAUGGAUCAACAGGAUUCAGCCGAGCUGUCAAAGCUUUUGCUGGAGCUACCUCGGCCUGCGGCCGUCCAUAUUGCCACAGGUGGGUAA